GGAUUAUUAGACUCGGUUUAUUAGACUUUAUAACAGAUUCCUUACAGACUUACUUCUGAUUGAAGUCCCUGAGUGUCUCUGCUGUCCUCGUGUCCUCUGAGUCUCUAAAGAUGGACUCUCAGCUCUCAGCUGACCCCCCCUUGGAGCCCCGCCCCCCCCGGAUGACGAGGCAGCAGAUCCUCACUUUGAUCUCCGUCGCCUCGGUCAACUUCUCCUCCAUGAUCUGCUACUCCAUCCUGGGGCCCUUCUUCCCCACUGAGAGUUUCUGCAUCUCUCAGAGUUUCUGCAUCUCUCUGUCUGAGAGAGGGGAGAGAGACUCCCUAAAGACACGGACACACCAAUCUGACACCAAAGAACGGACCCCGACUGUUGCAUCGCCUCGCGUCUCUGCGUCUUGGCCAUGUGUCGCAAUGGAACACACCGCAAAGACUUCAGCCGACAGCCAAGCGGUGAAGAAGGGAGCGAGUCAGACGGUGAUCGGUUUAAUCUUCGGCUGCUACGCCGUCUUCAACCUCAUCGCCUCGCUCAUCAUGGGCAAAUAUAUUGUUCAGAUUGGAGCGAAGUUCAUGCUGGUGGCGGGACUGUUUGUUUCGGCGGGAUCCACCAUCAUGUUCGGGCUGCUGACCCGCGUCCCCCCCGGCGCCCCCUUCAUCGCGCUCUGCUUCGUGGUGCGUUCAGUGGACGCAGUCGGUCUCGGCGCCGCCUGCACCUCCUCCUUCGCUAUCACCGCUCAAAUCUUCCCCAACAACGUGGCCACUGUGCUGGGCAGUCUGGAGAUGUUCGCGGGUCUGGGUCUGAUCCUCGGCCCCCCGGUGGGGGGGUGGUUCUACGAGUCCUUUGGGUAUGAGGUUCCCUUCAUGCUGCUGGGGGGGCUGCUGUUCCUCAUGGUGCCCUUCAACAUCCUGGUGCUGCCCAACAUCCAGUCUGAGCCGUCGAAGGACUCGCUCUUCGGCCUGCUGAGGAAGACGAAGAUCUCUCUGAUCUGCUUCGUCAUCUUCACGCUCAGCUCCGGAUUCGGGUUCCUCGACGCGGCACUCUCUCUGUUCGCCAUCCAGACGUUCGGCCUCUCCUUGGGCUACGUGGGCCUCAUCAUGCUGGGGCUCUCCCUCCCGUACUGCCUCGCCUCCCCCCUGCUGGGACUCUUCACCGAUAAAUACCCUAGCAGCAGGCCGUGGCUCAUGGUGAUUGGUUGCGGUGCCACAGCACUCAGUUUCUUCCUGCUAGGCCCCGCCCCCAUCCUCCACAUCCCCAGUCAGCUGUGGCUCCUGGUCCUCAUGCUCUCUGUGAUUGGUUUCUCUCUGGGGAUGACGGCGAUCCCGACCUUCCCUGAGAUCAUCUCCAGUGCGUAUGAGCAGGGCUACGAGGAGGGGCUCAGCACGCUGGGGAUGGUCUCCGGACUCUUCGGGGCCUUCUGGUCUCUGGGGAUGUUCUCCGGCCCCAUCGUGGGGGGGCUGGUGACGCAGCACCUGAGCUUUGAAUGGGCGUCUGUCCUCCAGGGGGGGUCCGCCCUGCUGGCUGCUCUGCUGCUGGCUGUUUAUUACCUGAGACACCCCCCCUCCCAGAGAAUGGUUUCAGAAAGUCCAACGACCAGCGAGCACUCCCCUCUGCUCUCUGACUGAACAACAACAACAAACAACAUGUGUUUACUUUAUUUUUAAAUGCCUUUAAAUUAUAUAUUGUUGUUGCAGGGAUUUAAAUAAUUUCUAUAACACUAAGGU